GAGGAGCAGGAAGUGGCGGUGCGAGGGCUGCUGCACAGCUAGCAGAGCCGCGGUCCGGACGGCAGCGCGUGCCCCGAUCUCUCCGCCUCCCCCUGCCCGCCAGCCCGAGGCCCCCGAGCUCAGCCCGCCGCCCCAGCAGUAGCGCCCAGGGCAGCCCCAGCAGCAGCGCCAUGGCCGGGUGGAACGCCUACAUCGACAACCUCAUGGCGGACGGGACCUGUCAGGACGCGGCCAUCGUGGGCUACAAGGACUCGCCCUCCGUCUGGGCCGCUGUCCCCGGGAAGACCUUCGUCAACAUCACGCCAGCUGAGGUUGGUGUUCUGGUUGGCAAAGACCGGUCAAGUUUUUUCGUGAACGGGCUGACACUUGGGGGCCAGAAAUGCUCUGUUAUCCGGGACUCGCUGCUGCAGGAUGGGGAAUUUACCAUGGAUCUCCGUACCAAGAGCACCGGCGGGGCUCCCACCUUCAACAUCACUGUCACCAUGACUGCCAAGACGCUAGUCCUGCUGAUGGGCAAAGAAGGGGUCCACGGCGGGAUGAUCAACAAGAAAUGUUAUGAAAUGGCCUCCCACCUGCGGCGUUCCCAGUACUGACCUCUUCCACCCCCCCCCCCACUGCUUUUGCACCCCUCUCCUUCCC